CCGCUGCCUGUCACAUCUCUGCUGCUAAGGCUCGAGCUAGCUUGGGGAAACUAGCCAUGAGCUAACGAGCAGCCACAGCAAGGAAGGAAGGAACGAAGUCUCUUUUCUCCUUUUAGUCACGCCGACUGAAAAGCUUGCCCGAGACGGUCCGGCAACUCCGCGAGGUGAAGUCCACCCCCCACGAAGGCGCUUCUUGCUCAGCGUCGUCGGAUCGUUGACUUGUGAGUAGCUGCUGGAAGGGUUAGCCUGCUGUUUCAUUUGCCCGAGUCAGUGGCCGUCGCCGUCCGAACCGGCAGGGGGGAUCCGGACGAACAUCUGUUGCUGUUUGCCGCCGCAGCCGCCAUCUUUGGUCUAAUUCGAACGGCCUUUAUUUCAUAAUCCUCCCCGAUUUGGAUUCUCGGAGCCAUGGCAGCUGCAAAACCCAAGGGGCAGAAUUCUUUAGCACUCCACAAAGUGAUCAUGGUGGGCAGCGGCGGCGUCGGCAAGUCGGCCCUCACGCUGCAGUUCAUGUACGACGAGUUCGUGGAGGACUACGAGCCCACCAAAGCCGACAGCUACAGGAAGAAGGUGGUGCUGGACGGCGAGGAGGUUCAGAUCGACAUCCUGGACACGGCCGGGCAGGAGGACUACGCCGCCAUCCGUGACAACUACUUCCGCAGCGGCGAGGGCUUCCUCUGCGUUUUCUCCAUCACCGAGCUGGAGUCCUUUGCGGCAACGGUAGACUUCAGAGAGCAGAUCCUGCGAGUGAAGGAGGACGAGAACGUCCCCUUCCUGCUGGUGGGCAACAAGUCGGACCUGGACGACCGGCGGCAGGUGAACGCCGACGAGGCCAAGGCCCGCGCCGAGCAGUGGGGGGUGUGCUACGUGGAGACCUCGGCCAAAACCCGGGCCAACGUCGACAAGGUGUUCUUUGAUCUGAUGCGAGAGAUCCGGGCCAGGAAGAUGGAGGACAGCAAAGAGAAGAACGGAAAGAAGAAAAGCAAAAGUUUGGCCAAGAGAAUCCGGGAGAGGUGUUGUAUCUUAUAGUGUUCAAACAACAACAACAACAACAAACGCCAAGAGAGCUGCUUGUGUACAUAAGAUCCAUUUUUUUUUUUUUUUCCCCCCAGAGUUUUCAUUUGAAACCACCCCCUCCCCCCCCUCUGCUUUUGACCCCGCUUCCAUCAUGGGGGGGUCGUGAGGCGCGGUCGGCACAGGCAAAUUGUUGGUGGCGAACAGGGGUGUCAAACUCGUUCUUGUAAUGGGCCACAUUGAAGUUAGGACUUUCGUCGGAGGGCCGAAACUAUUCAAAUGAAAGAUGACCUCAUAUACUAUACUGAGUAUACACAACACAUUGAUGUUUUUCAACCGUGACAUUUCUUUCGAAAGGGCGAUUGCUAUCUCAACGCUAUUGCACCCGGACACAAUUGGCAAUUUCGAUUUGCUUCCGCGGGCCACAUUCAAUGGCGCGGCGGGCCGGAUCUGGCCCCCGGCCCGCCAGUUUGACACCCGUCUCUUCCGCCGCCUCUUUGCAAUGACGCUGAAGCUGGCUACGCGCAUACGGACAUUUACCGUCUCAACCGAUUUUUGAAGGACAGAAUGGGCUAAGAAAUUAGCAUCGCUCAGACACACGCGGGAAGCGCUGCAGUUUAGUAGGGGGACCUUCUCGGCUUCUUCUUCUUUUUUUUCUUGGAGGGCGUUACGCAGCGCCUCCUCCAGGAGGCUCAAACUCGGCCCGCUUUUCGGUAUGCGUGUACCCCCGCUUCAGCUGAAGUUGAAAUUGUAAAUCCUCGAAAAAACUUUUGCGGAACUCGGGAGUCCCCCCACAAAAGCGACAAGUCAGUGGAAGGAAAAUUGAUAGAACACCGAUAUUUAUUCCCAGCACACGUUAACACUGAAUUUUUAAUGCUACCUUUGACACUAUGAACCCACAAUUAGCUUUCGGGUUUCUUCCUCCUCAUAUUGUAUUUCUCGCAACUGGAGAUGUAACAUUUCAACUUUUUUAUGUUUAACCUCAUUUGUCACUGCCAUCGAUUUAUUGUAUUAUUAUUAUUAACGCUCACGGUGCUCAAACAGGGCAGCCGAGUCACGCUACGCGGGCAUCAUGAAGGGACACAAAUGAUUGCGUCCGCGCCAAUUUGACCAAACUGACUUUUUUUUUUUUUUUUAAAGCGCUGAAUUGCAUAUCAUUGCUUUUAUUUGGUUCCGAAUUGGGCUCACCAGGAAUCAACCGAUACGGCCCAGAAAAAGCAUUCAAAAGACAAACCAAAAAAAAUGUCGCCCUGAAGAAGCGAUCGAUUCAACCCGCAAAUGCUUGUAAGAUAUGAAACAUAAGACAAAGAUAUUCCCCUUUGGACUCAAAAUGAAGAAUUCCUGUCCAGUCACCAAAGAAAAGUGCAAAAGUGCCCACUUCUACCCGAAAACCGGCGCCCCCCCCCCCCGCCGCCGCCUAGCUGCCGUCCGGCAUGAAUGUCGCCGGCGCCGAUCGCGGGCUUAGCGGACCUUCUUCCCCUAAACGAUGGGCUCGCCGGCAACGGGGUGAAAUUUCAAGACAAAGGAAAAACGCAGGGAACGUUACGUGACCUUCUCUCGAUACCUUAAAUGUGGAUCUGUUCAACGGUUAAAGGUUUCAGUACUUUUGAGCAGUAAAACGGCAAAACCCACAUCCCUAAACGGACCGUUACAUUUACGGGUUCCGUCUGUAAACAAACGCUCUCUUUGCGUUUUGACAAAAUAAGACUUAGGUGACACCCACAAAUGUAUCAGGUGUACCUUGGCAUCAAACAGGAAGUGACCCCUGAGGUCAAAGCGUCACGGACAGGGUGCGACGGGGACCGGGAGAGUCACAGAAAGGCACGAAAGAGGACAUCCGAAGCCGUCCUGUGACAGAUACCCAAAAGUGGGACACGCCAGGUCCAAUUCAGUUCACCUCGAAAACGUCAUCCUGAAAUUUUAGCAACUCAAAAAACCAGCCAGCCUGUCAUUCCCUCCGUUUGCCGUCCAAUGAGCGACAGUUGAGAGCAGUUCCACAAUAAACCGACAGGGCGGCCACGGCGGGACUCUAUGCAACAAAAAUGACGAAAAACUGCGAGGCGCCGCACCACCUUUUCUCAAAUUCUCAAAUGUUUUGCGAUUCCGGUCAUGAAAACGCAAAAGAGUGCCCGUGGUUUGUAUUUCUUGAAAAGCACACACGGGCGGCCAGAGCGUUUUCGGCCCUUGCGUGUUGAGGUGAAGCCAAAGUGGGCCAAAGCGGGCCAAAGCGGGAUGUUUUCCAUUCAAGGGCUAACCUCCGGCACGCCGCGCGCCGCUCGACAGAUAAAAAUGUCUACUUUUGGAGUGGAAGGAAAGAAACGGUGCACCGCCUGCACCCCUACAGUGCGCGCUUGUUGAUGAAACGACAAAAAAAAAAAAAAAAACAACCACCGUAGUGCUUCGUAGUGUUGGCUGAACAGUUGAAUCAUUGUUGGGGGGUUUCAAAUAUCCACCGCCAGUUUGUUUCUCUUCCAUCUUAAGAGUUUUGUGAGACAGCAGAUUCAAAGAAAAUUGUUUUGCCUUUUUCUAUUCAUGCUAUAAUAAAGAAAACAAUAUAGUCUAUAUCUAUGGUUGGGUGGCGGGAAUGUUUGCUCUGCUUGAAAUGCGACCUCCGUGUUGACUUCCUUUUACUAUUUUUAUUUUUGGAACCUAACCACUAAUGUAGCCCAAACGUGUCUGUGAGUGUGCAAGAGGUGACGCUUACAUUUCAAUUGUGGUGUGCCUGCGUGCGUGCGUAUUUGGAAAUGGCAAAUAAAGUUGA